AUGAAGUUCUUCGCUAUCAUCGCUGCUGCUCAGCUCGCCACUGCUCUUCCUUUGGCCAAAGAGGAUGACUCCAAGGCCUGCUCCGGUGUUACCUGCCCAGUCACAGAGGCCUUAGGCUCUUCUGUUCCAGCGGUCCCUGGCAUGAAGCGCACCUUGUUCGACGACGUUCUUGGCAAGCCCGCGAAGGACGAGGAGGAGAAGGAGAAGCCUGAGGAGGAAGAGAAGGAGGAGAAGGAGCCUUCUUACUACGUCACUCCCUCCAAGGAGGACUUGAGCUACGACGAGCUCAAGCCCGAGAUGGAGGAGUCCUACGAGGCCAUCCCCAAGGAGACUGAAGAGUCUACUGACGAGCUUGAGUCUUACGACGAGCUUCUCUCCAAGAGGACCCUCGGCGACUUGUUCGGCAUGGACGACGAGGACUCUUACGAGGAGACCAAGCCCGAAGUCACCAGCUCCGCCUACGAGGCUAAGCCCACGCCCAGCCAGGGUUACGAGCACGCCCCCAAGCCUUCCAUGGCCUACGAGCAUGUUCCCGAGCCCAGCAAGGCCUACGGCGCCGUCCCCACACCCAGCAAGGAGGCUUACGAGCAUGUCCCCGAGCCCAGCAAGGCCUACGGCGCUGUUCCCACCCCCAGCAAGGAGGCCUACGAGCACGCUGAGCCCAGCAAGGCCUACGGUGCCGUCCCCACUCCCAGCAUGGUCCACGAGUACACCAAGCCCAGCAUGGUCCACGAGAAGCCCACCCCUUCCUUCGGCUCUUACGAGUCUGCCCCCACCCCCGUCAAGGACACCUACGAGUCUUACCCCGCUGAGGACUCCUACGAGGAGGGCACUGAGGAGGAGACUGAGGAGGAGACUGAGGGUGGUGACAUGCUCGAUGGUCUCACCAGCAUCCUCGGCCUCAAGAACUAA